CACACUGACGUUAUAUUAGGAAAACAACUGAAUUUUCUUGUUAGUAUUCUAAUUUUUAAUUUUUUUAAUGAAUGUUAAAUAUACAGAGAAGGUUGACGCGCAGCCGUUUCUAUGAUGAUAUGCGCUGUUAAACCUCACUAGGAUUAGCGUUUUAAAAGCAGAGAGAAAUAUAUCCCUGGUGCGUCGUCAUUUUGACGAUCUUUGUCCAAUGUGAGCCGUCGUGUUCAUCGGCCAGUAAAGCCAAGUUUCAGCUGAGGCGCAGCGGCACCAUGGGGAAGAAACAGAAGAAAUCCGGAGAAGACAGUGCCAAAGAUGACGGCGUGGACAUUGAUGCUCUGGCUGCCGAGAUCGAAGGAGCCGGGGCGUCCAAACAGCAGAAAGGGAAGAACAAGAAGAAACCUAAGAAAGAUGACUUUGACGAGGACGACAUCUUGAAGGAGCUGGAGGAGCUUUCCGUGGAGGCUCAGGGAGGAAAGGUAAAGAAAACAGAAACCACAGAAGAAGUAGACAUCCCAGAGGCUCCCAAGCCAGAGAAGAAGAAGACCAGGAAGGGGAAGAAAGGCGGAGCCAGUCCUGAGGAUGAAGAGGGCGAUGAAGACCAUACUGAUGGAGAGAGGAACGGAGAGCAGAAGGAAAAGAAUAAGGCGCCUCCUGCUGCGGCUCCCUCUGACUCCGAUGACGACAGCUCCUCACGCUCCCGUGCAAAGACCAAAGGAGGAAAAAAAGGAGCAGCAAAACAGUCUGUGUCAGACGAAGAGGAGUCCAAGCAGGCAGAAACGAAGCAAGAAGGUGGAGGAGAAGGGAAGGAGGACGAGUCCGAUGAUGAUGAGUUCAGCUUCAGGAGAGACAAGAAGAAAAAGAACAAAGGGAAGCCUGUGAAGGCAGAGAGCGACCAUGAUGAGGACCAGGACGAUGAGCCAGGAGGCUUCAAGAUCAAGACAGCGGCACAAAAGAAGGCAGAGAAGAAGGAAAGGGAUAAGAAGAAGAAAGAGGAGGAGAGGAUGAAGCAGAAGAAGUUGAAGGAAAAGGAGGCACCCGCUGAGGUUAAACCAGAGUUGGAGAAGACAGCUGAGGCCACUGCUCCUCAAGUGGCACCAUCUGCAGCUGUGGCAGAGGAACAGGAAGGGGCGGAGCUAGCAGCAGAGGAGGAGAAUGAGGUAGACAAAAAGAAGAAAGACAAGAAGAAGAAAAAGGGAGAGAAGGAGGAGAAGAAGACAAAGGGUCCUAGUAAAGCCACGGUGAAAGCCAUGCAGGAGGCGCUGGCCAAGAUGAAGGAGGAUGAGGAGCGAGCCAGAAGAGAGGAGGAGGAGCGGCAGAGGAGGCUGGAGGAGCUGGAGAAGCAGAGGCAGGAGCAGGAGCGGCUAGAGCAGGAGCGAAAGGAGAAGAAGAAGCAGAAGGAGAAGGAGAGGAAGGAGCGGCUGAAGAAGGAGGGGAAGCUACUGACAAAGGCUCAAAGGGAAGCUCGGGCUCGAGCCGAGGCCACACUCAAGCUGCUGCAGGCUCAGGGUGUUGAAGUGCCAUCCAAAGACACCGUGCCAAAGAAGAAGCCAGUUUAUCGAGACAAGAGGAAGAAGAAGCCCAAUGUUCAAUCUCCUGAAGAAACAUCCGAGGUCACAUCUCCAGUCUCGGAGACCCCGGAGCCUGUUGCCAUGGAAACAGAGGUUGAGACACCGGCUACGGAGGCUGAGACACCGGCUGCAGAGCCAGAGGUGAAGGCAGACGCUGAUCUAGAUGACUGGGAGGCCAUGGUCAGCGACGAAGAGAAAGAGAGGAAAAGAAGACGUGCUGCAGAGUUGAAGAAAGUCCACAUUGAGGUUAAAGAGGAGACUGCUGCUCCUCUUCGGCCCGCGGCCAGUGAGGACGAUGAAGAGGAGGAGGAAGAAGAGGAUGAUGACGAUGAGGAUGAAGAAGAGGAAGAGGAAGAAAGUGAGGAAGAAGGUGAGGUAGAGAAAGAGGCGACACCGGCAAGUCACGGGAAGAGGAGAGCGGCAAGCGAAGACGAGAGCAGUGAAAGCGAUGAUGACGACGGAAGAACGAAGGAGGAACGGCUGUACGACCGAGCCAAGAAGAGGAUAGAGAAACGCAGAGCGGAGAAUCUGAAGAACAUCGACCCGGAGCGGCUGAGGGCGCCGGUGGUUUGUGUGCUCGGACACGUUGACACAGGAAAGACAAAGAUCCUGGACAAGCUCCGACACACCAACGUCCAGGACGGGGAGGCCGGAGGAAUCACUCAGCAGAUCGGGGCCACCAACGUCCCCAAGGAGACGAUCGAGGAGCAAACCAAGAUGGUUAAAAAUUUUGACAAAGAAAACAUUAAGAUCCCUGGUAUGCUGAUCAUUGACACACCAGGACACGAGUCCUUCAGUAACCUGAGGAACAGAGGCAGCUCUCUGUGCGACAUCGCCAUCCUGGUGGUGGACAUCAUGCACGGCCUGGAGCCUCAGACCAUCGAGUCCAUCAACCUGCUGAAGGAGAAGAAGUGUCCCUUCAUCGUCGCUCUGAACAAGAUCGACCGACUCUACGACUGGAAGAAGAGUCCAGACACCGACGUGGUGGCCACGCUGAAGAAGCAGAAGAAGAACACUAAGGACGAGUUUGACGAGAGGACCAAGUCCAUCAUUGUAGAGUUUGCUCAGCAGAGUCUGAACGCCGCCUUGUUCUAUGAGAACAAAGACCCCCGAACGUUUGUUUCGCUGGUUCCUACCUCAGCCCACAGCGGCGACGGUAUGGGGAACCUCAUCGCCCUGCUAGUGGAGCUCACUCAGACCAUGCUGGCCCGUCGUCUGGCGCACUGCGACGAGCUGCGUGCCCAGGUCAUGGAGGUGAAAGCUCUGCCCGGCAUGGGAACCACGAUAGACGUCAUCCUGAUCAACGGUCGUCUGCGGGAGGGAGAGACCAUCAUCGUCCCGGGAGUGGAGGGACCCAUCGUCACGCAGAUCAGAGGCCUGCUGCUGCCUCCUCCUCUGAAGGAGCUCCGAGUCAAAAGCCAGUAUGAGAAGCACAAGGAGGUGUCAACGUCUCAGGGAGUCAAGAUUUUAGGCAAAGACUUGGAGAAAACGUUGGCAGGCCUCCCUCUGCUGGUGGCCCACAGAGAAGACGAGAUCCCCGUUCUAAGGGAUGAUCUGGUGAAGGAGCUUAAACAGACCCUGAGCUCCAUCAAACUGGAGGAGAAAGGCGUUUAUGUUCAGGCAUCUACGCUGGGAUCCCUGGAGGCUCUGCUGGAGUUCCUCAGGACGUCUAAAGUCCCUUAUGCUGGGAUCAACAUUGGUCCAGUUCAUAAAAAAGAUGUGAUGAAGGCGUCCACCAUGUUGGAGCAUGAUCUGCAGUACGCCGUGAUCCUGGCGUUCGACGUGAAGGUGGAGAGGGAGAGUCAGGAGAUGGCCGACAGCCUGGGAGUUCGUAUCUUCUCGGCUGAGAUCAUCUACCACUUGUUUGAUGCCUUCACCAAAUACAGAGAGGACUACAAGAAGUCCAAACAGGAUGAGUUCAAGCAUAUAGCCGUGUUCCCAGCGAAGCUCCGCGUUCUUCCUCAGUUCAUCUUUAACUCCAGAGAUCCCAUCGUGAUGGGCGUGUCUGUGGAGGCGGGGCUUCUAAAACAGGGAACGCCGCUCUGCGUGCCCAGCAAAGGGUUUGUUGAGAUCGGUGUGGUCACCAGCAUCGAGAUGAAUCACAAACCCGUCGACGUCGCCAAGAAAGGCCAGGAGAUCUGCAUCAAGAUCGAGCCGAUCCCCGGAGAGUCUCCCAAGAUGUACGGCCGCCACUUUGAAGCAACAGACAUCAUCGUCAGUAAGAUCACACGAGCGUCCAUCGACGCCCUGAAGAACUGGUUCAGAGACGAGAUGCAGAAAUCUGACUGGCAGCUGAUCAUGGAGCUGAAGAAGACCUUUGAGAUCAUCUGAAGGACCUGAAACACAAAAACACAACCACCAAACAAAAUCUUCCUGUAACAGUUGACGAGGAAGUGAUGGAGCAACGAAAAAAAUAGAGAAAAAAAACCAGAAACAGCAAAGAACUGAAAGUGUUUUUCUGUGAGAAACGAACAGUUUUUCCACUGUUGUAAACAGUGAUAGUUUAGACACAUACUCAGUAUUCCAACGUGCCUGUUCUUCAGCAUCAACGUCAUCAUUUUUCUUCUACUUGGUCCCUGCUCUCUGAUGUGCUGCUGCUUCCUGCCCCAGGCUCCGCCUCCUUUUCCCUCCCCAACGCCGCUAGCAAAGACGACGGCGAGCAGCUCCGAGCUGAAAAUGGAGGAAACGACCCGUUUCUCUGGAGCUUCAGAGCAGCACAGACGAUGAUGACUCUGUGGAGCAGAUGGACUUUUGUUUUGCUGUUUGUAUUGGCAGCCAUGUUGGAAAGCAGGGAAGGAAGGGGGUUGACAGAAGAUUUUAAACUGUUUUUGCUGCGACUGCUAAUGUAAUAAAUUCCCAUAAUUCUAAUAAAACUCGCAGGACAGGUUUCAAUUUGUUUACAUGUACACUGUAAAAAAGUUAUAUCGCAACCCUGAAAUUAUCCUUCAGAAAAAAUAAAUAAAAUAAUCCUUCAGAAGAA